AUGGAACCCAACGAAGAACACCCUUUUUGGUUUCACCGAUCUGCUCUAAGAUCAUCAUUCAAAAUGAAUGUUGUUCUCUAUAAUUUGCAGGAUUUCAUCAACACACUUGACUCAUUGACAAUAAAGAAACUGUGUAUCAGAAGCCUGAGAUGGGGAAUCGGAAGUCUGGAUUAUAUAGACUCCUUGCUGAUUAUGGAAAAUAAUGAUAAGGAUAAUGAUAAUAAUGAAAUUGACAUCGCUGAGGCGCAUAGUCCUGCAACUGAAGCUAGUAUCGCAAUAACACCACCACUCCAACCCAUCCCUCUGCAGGAGCAAGGACCACAUCCUGAGUGGUGUGUAUGUGGGAAUUGUCGCAACAUGCCCCUGGAAGUGGAGAAAGUGUGCUGUAGGAAAAAAACUGUGAUGCAAAAAAACCAAGAUUUAAAAAAUCUGUUUGGACCCUCAUUAUCUUGA